AUGCUAAGGAUGUUCAAAGGAGAUAAAUCUUUUAUUCCUCGGACGAUUAGUGUGUCACAGUUCAUGAUUGUAAGUUCAUGAGCGAUAUACUUCGUGAUAUUUCCCUUUUAGUAUGAAAUUUUCAACGUUUAAGCACCUUACAGAGACGAGCAUUUUUUCCUUGACAAGUUUCUCUUGACAAGUUUUGUGUGUACGGUCAACAAGUUUAUCUUGAUUGUCAACAAGUUUAUCUUGCGAAAUGUCAAGUCUAUUUAUUGAGCUCUGAAUAGACGAGCAUGUUUUUACUGUUUAAAAACAAAAACAAGCAUAAACAGCUAGCCGUAACCAGUUCAAAGUAAGCCACUUUGAAUAUUUAACAGUUGAACUCGAGUCGAAUGAUGAGCUGAUAGUCGAUGAGGCGCGUAGCGCCGAAUCGGCUAUCGCUCAUAUUCGACGAGAGUGAGUGGAAUAACUGUUUUAUUAUAUGCAUGCACAAGGUCUGAGUUUGCAGACUUUGCUUUUCGGAUAUUUUCAGUAUUUUUCUAUUUUUGUUUAUGUUUUUAUCUUCACUCUUUCAGCCGAUUAUGUUUUUAAAAGUAUAUAUAUUUUGACCAUUUUAAAUUUUAAAAAUUCAUUUGCUAACCUGUAAACAAUUUGUGGGAGUUUUUCAUUGUGUUUUUAAUCUUGUAAAGGCUAUAAAAAGCGAACAACUUGCCGUUUUCUCGGAAAUUCAGUUUGAGCCGCCAUUUUGUUUUUCUCUACUAGCAGGAUAUGAGCUAAUAUCUUGCCAGUAGAGAACCAAUCACUAAUCAGAUUGCAGAGUACCUCAUAACCUACCUCCUCCGCAGGCCUUUCAAAAAUAUAAAAUUGGUUGGAAAAUCGUCUCAAAUUUCAACCUGCGAACGGGCAUCCUCAUUACGAGCUGUAUGGCCUGCGGAGGAGGUAGCCUCAUAACCAGACCUUGUGUAUAUAAUCAAGUAAUAAUGUUUGUUUUCCUAGGGGAAAGGACUAAGAUACCAUAGUUUUCAGAUUGGCUACUUUUUGUGGGGUAGGUAUUCCUUGAUUAUAUGCCACUUAUAUCCCAAAUAUGAUUCUUGUUUAGUAUGAAUAAAAUGUAGUAAAAAAACCUGUCAAAAUUACCGGAUAUGAUGUGAAAUGAGUGAAUUUUGGUAGGCAAAAUAAAAGAAAAAAUAUUUUACAUAUUAUAUAUAAUGACAUCAUAUCUGGCAAGUUUGACAAUGAAAAAGUUUACCAAGAUCAGCUUUUUACAUAUACCAAAAGUCGUAUAUAUUUAUGCGAGUAAGAUCAAUGGGAGGUCCACCUCACUCGUGAUUAUUGAUGGACUUUUCACUCUCCUAGACUUCCUCAGCUCAUCGUUCUUCCUUUACCUGGGGCCGAGCGGAAUCAGGGAUCUAUCAAAAGAACAGGGAGGGGAGGGGAGGACAGGAUUAACAUGACAUCAACUGAAAUGUAUGCAUUUGGUGCCCAACCCUCCGUCAUUUUAGGUUUAGCGAGAUUUUAACACCUUUGUUCUAUCUUUUCAGGUUACCUGUUGCUCUUGUUCCUGUUUUGGGUCAUCUUCAUGGUUUUUUACAGUUUGUCAUUUCGCAUCGUUCGUGAUUGGGUUGUGGGCUGGUUAGGAGAAGGAGGGUGGGUGAAGCCUUGUCUUCGUAUUAGAGACCUUUCUCUUCGCUGUUUAACCCAUUGAGCACGACCUUCCUCCUUUCACGAGUAAAAUCGUCAGACGUUAGACAGAGUAAAGUAACAACGUAGGGCGGAUUAGGGCCCAUGCAAUGGAGCUUAGUGGGUUAAUAUUUUUGCAAUAUCGUUUCUCAUGAACACAAUGGAUGAUUCCAGCAAUAGGCUAAAUUUUGAUCUGGACAAGAAGAACAAAAUCCAUCACCACAGCUAGAAAGAGCAUGUUAAAAUUAGUAAAAGUGCAAAGUUUGGUUGCGAAAUGUUGUAGAAUGCGGAAAAUAUAGCCCUACGAAAUUUGCAAAUUUUGUAUUAAUUUGUAUUACGCACGGGAAAAUGCACCACUUUCGGCCCAAAUGUGGUGCAUUUUCCCGUGCGUAAUACAAAUUAAUCCAAAAUUUACAACAUUUCGCGGCCAAACUUUGCAAUCUUACUAAUUUUAAUAUGCUCUUUCUAGCUGUAGUGAUGGAUUUUGUUCUUCUUGCCGAGAUCAAAAUUUAGACUAUAUAUAGCUCGAAUCAUCUAUUGAAUUUCGUAUACGUUGACAAAGGCCACUCAGGUGAGUUUCCAGGUUAGCUGGGCUCGUAUGAACACUCGCACUAAAUUUUAUUCAUCUAAAAAAAUGUUGCUUCUUCACAUUUUAUUUCAGUGUUCUCAUGGCCGUGGCUCUUCUUACCUACUUGUGUCUGCUUAUAACCGCGGCGACAAUAUUCCGUGAUUACGACUUUCCUAAAAACGCCAUAUCUAUAAAUAACAGGUAUGUGUGUACUUUACUGUGUAUAGAUUCUCACUGGAACGUGGGAUCACUCCAAAUAUCCCGUACACCUCGAAAUAAAAUCCCUUAAAAGCCCCCUAAAACUGACCUUAAAAUCCAUUAAUUAAACCCCGAAAAAGUCUUAACAAAUACUCCGCAGUGUCAGAAUAGAUAUGAAACUAGCAUCUCAGGAACACCACAAAAUUUUUUAUUUCAGUGAAUCAUAUUCGUAUGCCCUAUCACUGCACAUUCAGACAGAUUAUCCCCUAGCUUAAUCAAGUUGGGGGUUUUUUCCCAGAAACGUCUACUUGGUGUUCUCGUAUUUCUGGUUUUUCGUUGGUCUUCCCAUGGGUGUCUUCUCCGCUAUAUCUCGGAUCCUGAGGACAAUGGCUGUGGGAGCUCUGAUGUUGCCAAGAAUUGAUCACAGUGUUAUGCCCGAUGGCUUUCAACGGUUUGAUCGAGGUAACCAACUUGCAUAAGUGACAUUAAGUGUACGUUCUCGCUCCAAAUAUAUAAGGCUUACUGGUUUCAGCAAGCAUUUUAUACGGUGAUACUUAUGAAAGCGACGUUAAUUUCCGCCAUGUUAGCUUCACUUUUCUCAAAGGCCGAAUUAAUGAAGAUAGUUAUCCAUGUAUAUAUAUAGAAAGAGAGAGCUCCAUGACUUGGUCACAUUGGCGUAGCCAAGGGCCUAGACACCGAUAGACUUGCGCCAAGUCUCUCUUUCAUUGUCAUGCAUGUAGUAUCGAUCUACUAAAGCGAGAAAGAGAGACUUGUCAAGAAAGCGGAGCGAGAAAGAGAGACUUGUCAACUUCGGAAAAUCUCGAUUCAAAACUGAACCGAAAAUGUAAGACUUGCUUUAAUUGUUUUCUGUCACUGUCACUGUUUAUAUGUAUUGAUCUAGCACAGUGUAAAUAACACGAGAUCCAUUAUAGUAAAUAAUACAGAAAGAAAUUGAAGGAAAACAAUUAAGCAAGUCUUGCAUUUUCGGUUCAGUUUUGAACCGAGAUUUUCCGAAGUUGACAAGUUUCUCUUUCUCGCUCCGCCCCUCCGUACUACGUCAUGUAGUUUACACUAUAGUGCAUCGGUACUACAUGACAAUGAAAGAGAGACUUGGCGCAAGUCUAACUGUUAAGACACCGAUUGUAAAACUAUAGUCGAUACGGCAGGCUACAGUCUAUAUAACAUUUUUUUUUGUUAUUUUGAAAGGUUUCAAUGCGUACAUCUGUUAUCUUCACGUGCAAAUAGCUUAUAGAAACCCAGUCCUUCGAGUUUUCUGUCAGAUAUUGAGUGACGGAACACGUAAGUUUUGACAAUUUCUUUACAGUAUAGGGUGCGAAUAAACCUCGUGAAUUGUUCAUAAAUUUUACAAACCUUUUUUACAACCAUAAAUGGACCUUUAACCUUUUAACUAAAAUUUUGAUCUAGACAAAAAUUUCAUCACAGCUUGAAAGCGCAUCACAAAAUUAGUAAUAUUCCGUAGCUUCGUUACGAAAUGUUGUAAAAUGCGGAUAAUAUAGCCUUGCGGAAUUUGCAAUUUUCAGUCAUUUUAGAUUACAAACGGGAAAUUGAUACCCAAAUCGGGUGUUUGGGUAUCAAUUUCCCGUUUGUAAUCUAAAAUGACUGAAAAUUGCAAAUUUCUUUUAAUGUAUGAAAGGACAAAACCGGGAGCGAAAAUGGACAUGUUCAGCUCAAGCUCGUGCCAGAUGGUUCCUCGCCCUUACCUUGGUCCGCAACCCACAACUAGCGUCGGACCGUAAACCUGGUGGUGUUGAAGCACCUCAACCUGUUCAAGGUGGUUGUGUCAAACAUGGCGACGUCAAAAUUGAAGUUGGUCGGUAUGGGUUAAUACAAGAUAAAUGAAUGAUAUACAGCAGUACAGUAAAAACCCACAUACAGUAAAAGAAUAACUAUUUUUUAUAUCAGGGUGAAGUUCUUUUAUAAUAGUAGCCUGCGCACAUUCUCAUGUCAUCGAUCAAACGAUGUAAGAGACUGCGCAACAAUGAAGCAAAGCUUGCGGGAAAAAUAGUUUUCGCAAGAAAAUUAAUACGUUGAUUAUGCGGAAACGUUCAUAUGCAUGUCAACAGAUAGCUUAAGAUCUACGACGUCGACGUCAGCUAGGACGUCAGGGCUAAGCAGAGGACUGGGACUAAAUAAGUCGAUAGCUCAAGUAUCUACGACGUCAAAUAUUUAGAGCGGCAAGGGGAAGUAAAUUGGUAAUAGUUUUUGAAGUGUGCAUGUGUGUCUCUCAAUUUGCUCGUCGUCCACCAAACGUUGACAACCUCACAACAAGAGUUUUAUCGCCGUGGAUACAAGAGCAUAACAAGCGGUAAUGGAUUCACACGUCUCUUUUAAAUUCAUUUUCAAAAGGAUGUAAAUAGUUAUAGUUUAAAUGUCGACGUCGUGAAUCUUAAGUGGAAGUUUAUUUAUUUAGGACGACGUCCUAGUCCCAGUCCUUUGCUUAGCCCUGACGUCCUAGCUGACGUCGACG